GGUUCUCAUUUUCUUCUGCCUGUAGAGCAAAAUCAAUGCAAAAGAUGAGUGGGGAAAAUCCUAAAAAGAGGACCUUUUACUUCAUGAGGAUGAAACAAUUGCAGGAGCCUACUAACCACAAUGUUUCUUUCGUGAUCCAGUGUCACAUAGGCAAGGAGAUCAAGCAUAUCUGCAGUAAUUGCAGUCGUGGAGAAAUAACUAAGGAUGCGGAAGAAGUAGAAAGGCUGGCUGCAAUGCGUUCAGAGUCACUGGUCCCAGGUACUCAUACACCACCCAUCAGGAGAAGAAGCAAGUUUGCAACCUUAGGGAGGCUGUUUAAACCAUGGAAAUGGAGGAAGAAGAAAAGUGAAAAAUUUAAACAGACAUCUGCAGCUUUGGAAAGAAAGUUUUCCACACGACAAAGCAGAGAGGAGCUAAUAAAACGAGGAGUAUUGAAAGAGAUUUUUGAGAAAGAUGGAGAUAUGCCAAUACAUAAUGAAGAGGAGGUAAUAGAGAACGGUCAGAUCCAGUCUUCAGAAACGGAGGAAAGGUUGCCACAGCCUGUGUCAGGUGAAGUCGUAGCAGACAGUGCAACCUCCUGUACAGAGUCGACAGAUAAGCCAGCUGCCGAAGAUAGUCCUACAGAUAAUAGGGCAUCAGUCCCUGAGCAGGAUACAUCAACUAAACCAUCAUUGCUACUGCCUUCUAAAAAGUCUGUAGCUUUUCACUGUGACAUUGAGGAAACCCCUGCAAAGCAACAAUCCUAUCCUAAACAACGCCCUGCCCUACCUCCAAAACCACUCUCGAGGAUUGCCAACCAUAUAGCUGGUUUUCCUGCAGCCUACACCAUACCUCGGCUGAGAAGGCAGACAGACAGGCAGGCAGCCUACUCCCACGACUCUACCAUUGGCGCUUGUAAGAGACCAGUGGGACAUAUGAGAGUGAUCUGGGACACUGGCCAGCCUGUGAAGCUUCCUUGUAUGCCACCUGUGAGGUUAUCACCCCCUUUACCUCCAAAGAAAGUGAUGAUUUGCAUUCCACCACAGACUGCAGACUCUCCGCCCACAUCCUAUUCUGUCGUGCAGAAAAUUUCCCAGCAGUCUUCUACACAGCAUCAGUUGCUGCCUUCCCAACUUGCAGCUCAUCAACACCAGCAAAUAUGUGGAAGCUCUCAUUCUUCAUCAUUAUCCAGUGGACUACCUACCCAUCCAGCUGUAUCUACUAGUAAAGUGAUAGAAGAACUCAACAAGACUUUAGCCUUGACAAUGCAAAGGCUGGAAAGUUCAGGACUGCAUACUGGAGAAAGUGGAGCAAAACCAGGAAAAAGCAAUACAUCUGACAUUAGACAAGUGCCAACAAUAGUGGUUGAUUACGAUGAUGACAAAGAAAAUGUGCCUAAUGAAUCAGACUAUGAAGACAAUUUCAGUAUGCAUGGGGAGGAAGAUGAGGAUGAUGAUGGUGAUAACGAUGACGACGAUGAUGAUGAAAUUGAUAACUUUUUCUCAAGUUCGUUAGCACUAAAGAUUUGUAGGAAAGACUCUUUGGCAAUAAAAUUGAGCAAUAGACCAUCAAAGCGUGAGUUGGAGGAGAAAAAUAUUAUUCCUAUGCAGACAGAUGAAGAGAGACUUGAAAUGAGGCAGCAAAUUGGAACAAAGCUGACAAGGCGAUUAAGCCAGAGGCCAACCGCUGAGGAGCUGGAACAACGAAACAUUCUGAAACCAAAAAAUGAACAAGAAGAAGAGGAGGAAAAGAGAGAAAUUAAAAGACGGCUGACAAGAAAGCUUAGCCAAAGACCUACAGUGGAGGAAUUAAGGGAGAGAAAAAUCCUAAUCCGUUUCAGUGACUAUGUGGAGGUAGCUGAGGCCCAGGAUUACGAUAGACGUGCAGACAAGCCAUGGACAAGGCUAACAGCUGCUGACAAAGCUGCUAUCCGUAAGGAAUUGAAUGAAUUCAAAAGCACUGAAAUGGAAGUGCAUGAAUUAAGUAGGCACCUAACAAGGUUUCAUAGGCCCUAGCUGUUUACUGUGUAUAACCAUGGAGUCUUACAAAAACCAGAAGUGCUAGGGCUGUACAGGUGCCCAUUAAACCCUCCAGGACUGAACUCUUCUUAAUUGCCUUUAUGUAUCAGAUAUUUACAGUAACGCACAUUUCCAAUUGUCUACUAAUCUGCUGACCUUCAGGAGUUAUCAUGUUGCUCCAGAUCAAAUGUGCCACAUUCGUAAGCCGCUGACUUCUAAUACCACUAUUCAGCAUUGUCUUAGUCUUUCAUUGUUAAUUGCUUGAGAUGAUCCAUAAGGAUGAAAUCUCAAUCAGUAGGUGUGAUGGAGCUGAGACAGCUCACUAUAGUUAUUUAUCUAAAGGAACUCCAAGUUUCUCUGCUGUUAAUGUUACUGAAAUUUUACCAUCCUACCAUUUUUCUAACCCAAACUCAGCCAACUUGCAUAUAUAGGGUAUAGUUGGCUAAAUAGCAUCAGUUUAUCAAGCACUGGUUGCAGGUUCAUCAGAUUUGCUGGAAGGGGCUAUAUAUUUUAUGAUAAAUAUAUGCUACAUAAAAAUAAAUAGGUAUUAAUUGGAUCAAAUGUUUAUGUAACAAGCUGUAAUGCACCUAACCAUGUUCUGAUUGAUGGAACACAAAUUACCGAAUAUUUCGUUGAAGAUAUUCCUGGACUGGUAAAUGAAAGAGUUGCUUCAGUACACACAUUGUAUUUUUUGGAACGUUGUGUAUGUAAGAAGCUUCUUUGCAAAUGCAACUUGUUGGUUGAGCAGAAUAAAUGUAUAAUACUUACGAGUUACUAAUUUUAAAAAGCUGGAAAAGAGUGUUUAUUGAUUUUAUAACACUGUUAAGGUUACAGAGGCUGCAGCAUCUAAUAUUCAAUCUGAUUCUAUUUUGACAGUUUUCAGGCAAAGUUUUACCCAAUACAGUUGAACAGUUUACAGUUUAAUGUAAGUUUUAAUAGGCUCGACAUAGGAGGAAGCAAAUCUUUCUUUAGCUUGAGAAAAGACUGAACGUAGGUUACUAAACAAAAGGGCCUGUGUCCACCUGACAUCAAUCUAUGUUGUAUAUUACUCAUGCAGUUGCACUUAUUAAGAAAGACACUUCUGCCCACAUUAAAUGCAUAAUGAAAGAAGUGAAUGGUAGUGUAAAUGAAAUGAGCCAUUCAUAUAUGUAUAGUGAAGUAUAUAUAUGAAUAUGUACAAGUCCAAGGAACACUGAGAUGGGGUCACAGUUACCAUACAACUCUGCUCUGGAGUGGAAUGUUUUCUAAUAGGAGAUAUAGCAGCCAGAAUAUAUAUGCUCAGUUAUUCGAAUAACCUCAUCCUAUAUCUAGGCCUGGUUUGACCCCAUAUGUAGUAACUGCAUCAAUUGGUCUUAAUCCACACCUAACUCUGGUAAAGUAGGAUUUUAAAAUUAAGACAAACUUAGAAUAAAUUUUUAAGUUUUCUUUCAUUUCUUGCACCUCAUGAAAAGGAAGCUCUACCUUAGUAGAAUUAGUAGAAUGGAAAGGUUCCAUUAAUGUGAAGGUUCUGUUUAAGCUGUAGUUACCCAUCAAACCAAUAUUUGAGCCAAAACUGUGACUCAACUUAUUUUUUAAAAAAAUUGAUGCUGUUGAUGUUGAGCUCCUUCAGGUUGGAAUUUAAACUGUUCUUUUCUGUGUACAUUCACUAAACUGUUCAGAGUCUUUCCUGUCAGUUUAAGCUCCAAUUACUCAGUCGGUUUUCAUGGACACAUGGUUCUGAACAAACUGUAUGAAUUAAUGUGUGAGUACCUGUACACAAUUGUCUUUGUGGAGGAGUGAAUGUUGUGGCUGUUCCCUCUGUGCUCUUUCAGUAUUGUAUAAUAAACAAAUUUUGAUGUAUGAAAACUGUAAAUAACCAUAAAAAAGUUUGAGUUUCUAAUUUGGGUUGCUCCAGUUUUUUGUCAUCUGUACAUGCUGAAAUUGCAUGUUAUUGUAUAAUUUAAAUUACUGUCUACAAGUUUGUUUCAAAUGAUGUAUACAGUUUCUUAAGACUAAAUCUUAUUUAAAAAGUCUUUUUUAGUGGUUGGCAUUCAACAACUGUUUUUACAUAAAAGGGGCUUCAAUUUAAAGAGUUUGGUUAAAUCUAAUUUUGCUAAAUAACUUGAGCUUUGGUCCCAUUAAAAGUUAAAAUAAAGGCAAACCGGUGUCUUCAUUUUCACUGUCAUUUGAUGCAAACUUCUUCAAGCUCAUUGAGUUGGAAUGGUUAGGAAUUGUCGGUGCAAAUAAUAAAGAGCCAAAGAGCACCAUGUGACACUUGAACUUUGGCCAAUGGAAAGUUUCCAUUUGGUCCAAAGUAGCUUCCACCACACAACAUAUUUUGGAUGUGACAUACACUGGAUGUCAUAUUUUCAAAGAGGUUUCCAUGUGUGCAUCUAAUGAUCAGCAGGAUCAUGCAGAACAUGGAGAUUGU